AUGCCUCCUCAUGCUCCAAGAUGGCUCCUCGCGCCGCCCAUCCAGACGGCGCCCUUGAAAUACCUGCUCGUCAUGCCCGUCGUCCUCUCCGUCGCCACCUUUGCCGCGCUCUUUGCCUCGUCCGACGUCGACGUCGCGCUGCUGUGGUCGCAGUGCCACGCCCACGCGCGCAUCCCCGGCCUCAGCCGCAUCCCGCUGCUGGGCACGCCGGCCUGCUUCCUCGUCAGCUUCUUCCAGGCCGCGCUCGACUCGCUGCGGUCGCGCGCCGUCAUGGGCGUCAUCCUGGCCUACGUCGGCGCGCUGGCCACGGUGUGCACCGUCGAGUCGGCGCGGCGCUGCAACCGGCCCAAUGCGCUGAUUGCGCGGCCCACGCUGUGGUGGCUGGUCUUCAACCUGCUGGGCGGCGCCAUGGUGUGGCAGCUGGUGAUUGUGCCGGCCUUUCUGCACCGGGCCAAGGCGCUGGUGAUGGCGAAGCAGCAGGCGGGCAGCAACGAGGAUGAGGUUGAAAGUGAUGCCCUCAACGCCACGGGGCAGGGCCGCACGCUGCCAGACUCCGAGGCCGUGGCCAUCCCCAUUGCCGUCGCCGUCGGCUACUACCUGCCCUCGGUCCUCAUGCUGGCGUACAACUCGCCCGUCGCAAUCGCCGCCUGGCUCUUCUUCCCGGCCUACGUCUCGCUCGUGCGCCAGGGCGUGCGGUACAUCAUCCAGAGGAUACGCCGCGUGGGCCCGACCGACAUCCACCACGAGUCGCACUGGCAGAGCGUGGCCCUCGUGUACACGCUGCCCAUCGUGUUGUCUGUAGCGGCGCACUUGUUUGUCCUCUGGAACCUGGCCCAGCGCGACGAUCGCAAGGAGCUGACCAAGCUGGCGGUGAGCUUCAUCGAGAUUGACUUCCAGUUCAUUGCCUGGACCGUCUUGUAUUGGGUUUUUGUUGAGGCCGGGUGGCGGGUGCCGUUGGGCAUGAUUGCGAUUUCGGUCCUGGCCGGGCCUGGCGCGGGCACUUGCUUGGGGUGGCUGCAUCGUGAGAGGGUGCUGAGGAAUGGCUUUGCGGGGCUGUUUGAGUCUGAGGCUUCUGGGGAUGAUGAGCGUGUAGGUGAAGAGGCACCGCUGUUGAGAUGA